UCUCUAAUUCUUGCCAGUCAUCAAACCGAUUGAAUUAAUUUUCUUUUUUAAAUUAAUUGUGAUUGUCAUCAGAAUAAAUUGUUCGUGAUCAUCGUUUAUUACCAAAUUGUCUUCAAUUCUCCGGACACAAUUUACCUUUUUCUCUGUGGUGGAAAAAUUGAGUUUCUCACUUUGUGUUUAUAAUUUUUUAUUCUCCUCACAUUUUUGUCUUCCUUCAUCUUUCCUUUUUCUCUCUUUCUCCCUCUCUCUCUUUUUUCUCUCUCACUCUUUCUUUUUUUUUCUCUUCUUGUGUUCUCUAACUAUAUUUAUAUAUUCCAACCAGAGUUAAUCUCAACAACAACAACUCAUUCAACACUUAUUCACCUUAAAUUAUAUUCUAAUGUUUGAAAUAUUGUCUAUAAUCAACGUGUAGCCUUUACUUAAUUAUGCCCAAUCAAUUGAUCAAUUAACUGUGUCUCCAUUUAUACUCUCUCUGUGUAUUUAUAAUCCUUCAACUCUUCGUAUGAGAUAAAUUAUUAAGUUAUAUUGAUAAAUUAUUGGAAAACCUUUGUAACAAAUAUAACUGUUGAUAUACUAUUUCUGUCUUCAUAUUUCCCCUGUUCAAUUUUGUCUCAUUUCUAAUUCUCUCUUUUGUAAUUUUCUUUUUACACUUUAACCAUUGUAACGAUUAUCUGACUCUCUCUCUCUUUCUAUUCCUUUGCUUUGUCUCUAUUUCUCUCUCUCUUUUCAUUAUAAACAAAUUCUCUUCCCUCCUUCUCUAUUUCAAUUUCCUAAACAUUUCGUCUAAUAUCAUGGCUCAAGAGAGUGAUAAUAAUAACCAUCACCAAGAACAUGAGAAUCACCAAGAAAGAACCCGAUCAUUGGAGCCAAUUGAUGGGCACCAUCGUCUUCAGUAUACUUAUUGUAUUUGGUAUUCUCGUCGGACUCCAGGUAAAUUAACCAAUCCAUUGACUUACGACCAAAGUCUAAGGAUCAUUGCUACAUUUUCUACCGUUGAACAAUUCUGGUCUGUACAAUCUUAUCUCUUACGUCCAUCCGAGUUAUCUGGUCACUCGGAUUUACACCUUUUCAAAGAUGGAAUCAAACCUUUAUGGGAGGAUGAUGCUAACAAGGAAGGAGGAAAAUGGAUCGUUCGUUUAAGAAAAGGUUUAGCAUCUCGGUGUUGGGAGAAUCUAAUUUUAGCCAUUCUCGGUGAACAAUUUAUGGUUGGUGAGGAAAUUUGUGGAGCUGUUGUUUCAAUAAGGUCUCAAGAAGAUAUUAUCUCCGUUUGGAAUAAAACUGCCAAUGAUUCAAUUACCACAAUCCGAAUACGAGAUACCCUUAAACGUGUACUCAAUUUACCAUUGAACACGAUAAUGGAAUACAAGACUCACAAUGACAGUUUAAGAGAUCAUUCAAGUUUCCGUAAUACUGAUGUUUUUGUACGGUAAUUUAUCCAAAUUACAUGUAUACAGAGAUGAUAAUGAUAGAUAAUAUUUCCAAGAAAUAAUUACCAGAAAUCGUCUAAACCCAUCGUAAACAUCAUAGUAAAUUAAUCAACAUCAACAGCUGAUAUUUGCAAAGGACAAAACAUGACAGAAAAGACCAUCAUGAAAAGAAGGAGAUGAAAAAAAAGAACAGAAAAUCACUUUUUUUUUCUAUUCAAUAUUCUAAACAAUUUUCAAUAAUUACCUUAAUUACGAGAUGAAAUAUCGGUAAUCAAAAUUAAAUCAAAAAAAGAAAAGGAAACCGCAAACAUAAACAACAGAAAAAAAGUUAACAGAGAUUAAAAAGAAAAAAUAUUCUUCUGAAAAAAAAAAUCGGCUAAAUUGCUCCUUUUCUCAGGAUUUACAAUUAAUAAAUUGUUCGUCCUUGAUUAACAUUCACUUAA